AUGCCAGUGCCUUUAACGUCACAUUCUAUUCGAAGAGCCUUUUUUUCACAGCUCAGAUUUAACGGAAAUGUCUAUCAGGUUGAACGACGAUGCCAUGCGCCAGUUCCGGGUGGCCAAGGUGUGCCAGGAGACGGACGAGCACAAGCUGGCAAUAGAGUUCUCCUCGGAUGGACUGCGGCUGCUGCUCUGCGACCAAUCCGCCCUCUCGAUCUUCAGCAGCACUCGACAGGAGGAGCUCUGCCAGGUGCACAUGCACCACUACCUGCCCGACGUGGCCUGCUUCACCCAGCAGGACACGCGCGUCCUGCACUCCACCUCAAAGCAUGACUACGCCAUCAGAUGCCUGGAUCUAACUACCCGCCUCUACGUACGAGUUUUCGGGGGUCAUGCGAAGAGUGUCCAUAGGUUGGCCUCUCAGCCUGGCAACGAGAAUGUGUUCAUCAGUGCCGGGCGGGAUGAUCACAUUUACAUGUGGGACUUCCGGACCAGCACUGACACACACUGCAUAAAGAAGCGGCGGCCGCUGUGCGCCUUUGAUCCUGCCGGCUUGGUCCUGGCAACCAGUACGGGUACGGAAUGCAUCGAGAUCCACGAUGUGAGGAUGUUGGGCGAGGAGCCGUGCCAGAAGUUCGUGUACCAGGUGAACGACAGGGCCAACUGGACGCAGUUGCAGUUCGCUCCCAACGGGAAGACCCUGCUGCUGAGCACGGACCACUCAUGGUGCUUCAGUGUCUCGGCUUUUGAUGGCACCUACCGGCAGUCCUUUACUGGCUAUUCGAAUCAGUCCAGGCUGCCACUGGAUGCCACUUACACGCCGGACUCGCAGUUCAUCCUUUCAGGAGCGGAUGAGGGCCGGAUUCACAUUUGGCGGGCUGACGAUGGAUAUCCUGUGGCAGUCCUCAAAGGCAACAAUGUUGGUCCUGUUCGAUGUCUGCGCUUUAAUCCGAAAGCCACUAUGUUCGUGAGCAGCGACUUGCUAAUCGUGUUCUGGAUGCCCAUGGCCAAUGGAGUUUACGAUUGGGUGGAUCGCCUAAAGCCGGGCGAAACAAUCUCCUUUAAGGAGGACGACGCACCGAAGGAGGCUAUCGGGGCUCGCAGCAAAAUUCCUUUGCCCAAACCCGAAAUAGACAUGGGAUUGAAAAAGCAGACACUAAACAAGAAGAGGGCUUUCACUGAAGGAUCCAUAGUGGAUCUCACCAAAGGCUUGCACAAAAAGGACUCCCUGGAAGAUGGUGAAAUACCUGAUGACUAAGAUGUGUACCGAUCUCUUUCUUGAAUAAAAGCGAGGGUUAUUCAUCAGCUGGCUGUUGGCCAAAACUUCGAGGACCAACUCCCAGCGGGGGGAUCACCCAAACUUCCUGGACAGUCCUUAUGCUUUUGAGACACAAAUUGUUGAGUUUUGCCAGCAAAUUGCACAGCUGGCUGCGUUCGACUCUGGAAAGGAGUUCCUGGUGCGGUGGGCAAACUUUUGGCCAAGUUUCGGCUGGGUGUAUAUGUGCUCCUGC